AUGCAGAAAUUUUUCCUUACCGCAGCCCUUCUGGCCUCAUCCGCCUACGGGCACAUCCAAAUGUCCAACCCCUACCCGAUCCGCAGCCCUCUGAACGCAGCAAACGCCGUGAAAGAUUACUCAUACACGAACCCUCUGUCCACUUCCGGCUCAGACUUCCCCUGCAAGGGCUACCAAAAUGACCCCUUCACCUCCGUCGCCACCUACAGCCCCGGUCAAACGUACAACCUCGAGCUCGCCGGCAGCGCCACCCACGGCGGAGGUUCAUGCCAGAUCUCGCUCUCCUACGACAACGGCGCAACAUUUCAAGUCAUCCACUCCAUGCUUGGCGGCUGCCCCAUCACGCAAAGCUACGAGUUCACUAUUCCCACCGACGCCCCCUCUGGCGAGGCUCUUCUGGCCUGGACCUGGUUCAACAAGAUCGGCAACCGCGAGAUGUACAUGAACUGCGCCCAGGUGACGGUUGAGAGCCCCGCUCGCAAGGAAGGACUCAUCGCCGUCUCCAAGAGGGACGCGUUCAGCAGCCUCCCACCAAUUUUCAUUGCCAACGUCAACGGCCCCGGCCAGUGCACUACAAUCGAAGGCCAGGAGGUCAACUUCCCUCUACCCGGGCCUUCUGUUGAAGGAAGCCUCACUGGCACCGGUUACACUUGUUCCGGCACCGCUCCUUUCCUGGGCACCUCCAUGUCUCCCAACAGCGGCGUCUCCAGCUCCGGCACGUCUGCCACUGCGGCCUCCUCUAGCUCCAGCUCCAGCUCUACUCCGCUCACCGACGCGCCGCUGACUUCUUCCGCCGCUGCUUCGUCAUCUCCUUCACCUGAUCCAGUGUCAUCCCCCGAAUCCUCCCCCGUCGCCACAUCCGGUGAGGUAGCUCCAACCGAGAGCCCUCAGCUCCCCGAUGACGCCGAAGACACCCCCUGCGUCCCCGGCACUAUCAUCUGCUCUGAGGACGGCGGCAGCUGGUCGCUCUGCGACCAGGGCUCACCCGUACCCAUGGGCAACGUGGCAGCGGGAACUAUCUGCACUAGCGGCGCCAUCAAGAACGACCCCAUGCAGUAG